AUGGAGGCAAACCUGUGCCGGCCGGGCAUUCUGUCAUAUAAAUGCUCCGCAGUGAAGUUCCAGCGCUCGCACAUGCACUGCGAGCCAGAAGUUCACUGCUCACUUUUCGGCAGGGCUGCACCUUGCUGUGAGCUGGCUUGUGGUAUGAGCACAGGAGCCGGCAGGAGUCAUCAGCAGUGGUGGGGACGUGAGGAGCAGAGCCACGGAUACAAAG